AUGACCGGGUCACAUCUCUUGAAGAAAAAUAAAAUACGUGACUUACUCAAGGACAUCCAUGGGAAGCACAGAAACAAUAGUGUGGUUAAGCGUUGGGUGGGCCAAGUAAGAGAAGUAGCCUAUGAUGCUGAGGACAUCAUCGACUCCUACAUCUUUAACAUUGCACAACAGCGAGGAGAGACAAGUGCUGGAUUCAUGAGAAUCCUAAGAAGUGUUUCUCGUUGCAUCACAGACAUCCCAGCCAUCCACCAGGUUGGAAAAAAGAUCAGUGACAUAGAAAGAAGGCUCAAUGAGAUCUUGUCCAACAGACCAGAGCUCGGCAUCGACAAUAUAUCAGCAUCCGGAGAAGCUUCAUCAUCUUCAGAUCAAACCUACACAUGGAGGGAGAAGAGGGCUCCCAUCGCCGAGGAAGCCGAUGUGAUUGGUGUCGAAGAUGAGACAAAGACACUGGUGGGGUGGCUGAUUGAAGGAGAUGCGCAGCGUGCUGUCAUUUCGAUCACACGUAUGGGACGAAUAAUUUUCCUGAGCAUUCUAAAAUCUCUGGGAAGAAAUGAAAGGGAGACGGCGGCUGUGGAAGACCUGUGUAAGCAGCUCUAUGAUCACUUGGAAGGGAAGAAAUAUCUGGUGGUAAUUGAUGAUAUAUGGACUAGAGACGCUUGGAACGGUUUCGUCUCUGCAUUUCCAGAUAGGCAAAAGGGCAGCAGGGUGGUGCUCACUACUCGCAAUGAAGAAAUAGCCAAGUAUGCAGAUGCACAGAGCACGCCCCAUAAGAUGCAUUUUCUUGCCUUCAAAACCUGGAACUCUGAAAUUAAAGCGGAUGACUUGAUUAAGUUGUGGAUAGCAGAAGGGUUCGUGCAGCAAAGAGGAGAAGAAGAACUAGAGUAUGUUGCAGAAGACUACCUUGAUGAGCUCGUAUGUAGAAGCAUGAUUCAGGUGGCAAGAAGGAAGAGCAAUGGAACAGUUGAAAAUUGCCGUAUUCAUUAUCUUCUACGUGACCUCUCAAUAUCAGGAGGCAAGGAGGAGAGAUUUCUGGAUGUGCAUGGGAACAUAGCGCCUACAUAA